AUGGGAUCACUGCUCCGCGCCUACAAUGGUGCACUCGCUCGCCGGCCACUGACGACAUCAUGUGCUUCUGCAGCAGUCUUGUUCGGCACAGGUGACAUUAUCGCUCAGCAGGCCAUAGAUAGAGUCGGCUCUCAGCAUGACUUUCCGCGGACAGCGCGCUUGACGAUCUAUGGCGGUGGCAUCUUUGCGCCAAUCUGCUUCAACUGGCUCAAAUGGCUCAAUGCAGUCAAUGUGGGCGGUAAAGCAUCCACCGUCGUCGCAAGAGUGGCACUGGAUCAGACAGUCUUCUCCUCGGCCAAUCUUGCCAUCUUUUUCUCGUCAACAACGCUCAUGGCUGGCGGUAGUCUCGCGGAUGCUAAGAGCAAACUCGCUUCCUCCUGGUGGCCAACGUUGCAGAGGAAUUGGAUGGUCUGGGUUCCCGUACAAGCAGCGAACUUCAGCCUUGUGCCGCCGCAUCUGCGCUUGUUGACUGUCAAUGUCGUGAGCUUGCUCUGGAACACCUACCUCAGUCUUGCUUCCUCGGGCGAGUCUCAACGGCUCGCUCCUGCGCUCAAAGACGUAGAGAAGUCCACAGGAAGCGGUGUUCGCACACUGUAG